CGGCGGAGCUACGUCAUCACUACGGGCCCGGAGUUGUCGAGGAAGAGCCGUCGUUUAGCUGAAAGCUACUCUUCAUAUUUAUCAAUAAAAACCAUUUAAGAGCUGAUAGCGGUGGGUUGGAUGCGUUUAUAAGGUGCUUUCUGUUUCCGAGGUCCAGCAGUGAAGUUCGUUGCCAUGGCGUCUCCAGGGGGACAAGGAGGAGGAGCUCUGUCCACAAGAGGAGGCAGCGGUGCCAGGAGGAUGAAGUGGGCUUUGGAGCUGAGCUUGGGGAACACAAGAAGCCGCGGUGACCGUCAGGGUGGUCAGGGAGACGUUGUUUACCCCAUCGGCUACUCUGAAAAGCCCGUCCCUGACACCAGCAUCCAGGAGACGGAUAAAAACCUGGUGGAGAAACGCUGCUGGGACGUGGCCCUGGGGCCCCUGAAACAGAUUCCUAUGAACCUGUUUAUCAUGUACAUGUCCGGCAACACCAUCUCAAUCUUCCCCAUCAUGAUGGUUUGCAUGAUGGCCUGGAGGCCCAUACAGGCUCUUAUGUCUAUGUCUGCCACCUUCAAGCUCUUGGAGAGCUCCAGCCAGCAGUGGCUCCAGGGACUCGUUUAUCUGAUCGGUAACCUCCUGGGCUCAGCGUUGGCCAUAUACAAGUGUCAGUCGAUGGGGCUGCUUCCGACACACUCGUCUGAUUGGCUGGCUUUCAUAGAGCCGCCUCAGAGGAUGGAGAUCAUGGGUGGAGGGAUGGUGUUGUGAAGAUGAAGCAGCAUCCAGAGGUUCUCUGCUGUACAUUACCCCACCUCCACCGCACCACCACCAGACGACCCGUCGCAGCUUAGACGAAGCAAAAGUCUGCUGUUCAACUACUUCCUGACCACACCAGAUCCAGCCUCCACCAGAGAACCGUCAGCAAGCUUCGUCUUCACUGCGCUGGAAGGAUUUAAUCCAUCACAUCCACAUCUUCUUUUGCCUUUUUUACAGAAAUGUUACAGUACUUCUCCCUGCUCCUUUGCUUGGCGUGACAAAAAGCAUCUCUGGUGCUCUCCACGUACAAGAAUGUGAGAAAGCCGGCAGAUCGUAACAUUAAAUACUGUCAAGCUACUGUAGGUUUCUGUCCAGAAGAAAUGUUCUUCACAUGUAUAAAUUCACACUAGGGUAUUAUUUAUGAGGUUAUUUUACAGCAAACAGUUUAGAGCUAAAUCAGAUAAUAUCACUAAUGAGAGUUUUUGUUAUUAUAACUCCUUCUAUUGGAGGUCAGGGUCAAAUAAAUGUUUUUAUAUCCAGCAUUGGUUCUAAUUUAAUUCUAUUGAAGUAGAGACAUUUUCCUUUUUUCUUUAAUUUUUUUUUGCAGUUUCUCAGUUUGAAAUGCUUCAAAUUGUCAGAGUGAGUUCAGCAUGCUAACCUGCAUCAUUUACUAAGCUGUUUAAUUUUAUAGCUGUUUAAUUUAUACAGAUUUUCCCUUUUUGAAAAUGUUCUGUGACAUAAAUCCUGAUUAGAUGAAGCUACUUUGACUGUGUCAAUAAAUAUGUUGGAUAAAGAAAAAGAACAGUUUUAAUCCUAUUCUUUGAAUAAUUGAAAAUAAUUUGACCUAAAUGGCAUGUUAAAUUAAACUGUGUCCUGGAAUGAGAA